AUCAGUGAUAUAGAAAAAAACACCACCAGGAGAUUUUUUUAAAUGAUUUUUUCUUUCUCGUCCUCAUUGAGCCGCAACAUUUAUAAAAAUACGCGUGCAAACUUUCCUCGGCUCUCAGGGAGCGGAGAUGAAUUACGAAUUCGAGCGAGAGAGCGGUUUUAUCAAUAGUCAGCCGUCGCUUGCUGAGUGCCUGACAUCUUUCCCCCCUGUCGCUGAUUCAUUUCAAAGUUCAUCAAUCAAGAGCUCGACGCUUUCACGCCCGACACUGAUUCCUCCUCCCUUUGAGCAGACCAUUCCCAGCCUGAAUCCGGGCAGCCAUCCGCGGCACGGCCGGCCCAGACACAGCCCUGACGGAUGCAGCUCGCUGGCCACAGCCUCUCUACCCCCGGAGUACCCCUGGAUGCGGGAGAAGAAAGCCUCCAAGCGGAAUCACCUGCCGACUUCCACCGCGACCACCAUCUCCAAUGGACCUGUGUGUUUUUCCCCAAAAGACUCGCCUGAGAUGGCGGAGAGCGGAGGGGGAGGAGGGGGCUCCCGGCGGCUGAGGACCGCGUACACCAACACACAGCUGCUGGAGCUGGAGAAGGAGUUCCACUUCAACAAGUAUCUUUGCCGGCCGAGGAGAGUGGAAAUAGCGGCCCUGCUGGACCUGACCGAGCGACAGGUCAAAGUCUGGUUCCAGAACCGGCGCAUGAAGCACAAGCGACAGAACCAGAGCAAGGAGAACCACAACGGGGAGGCGAAAGGGCCGGGGGCCGAGGACGACCUCCACAGCGACGACGAGGAGGACGAUGAGGGCCCCCUGUACGAGAGGAGCGGGGCCCUGCUGGAGAGAGAUACCUGCUCCUUUCAGAAUAACUCACUGAGCUCCAUACAGCAGCUCCACAAUGGCGAGUCCAUGGGCUUUGCUGCUGCGCCGCUGAACAGCAAUGACAAAAAUCUGAAACAUUUUCCCAACCCGUCACCCACUGUUCCGGGAUGCAUGUCAACAAUGGGCCCAGGCUCGGCAUCUGGCCCGGACAAUGGCGACAGUCCCCCGGCCCUGGAUGUUUCUAUACACGACUUUCAACCUUUCUCCUCGGAUUCCUGCCUACAGCUCUCCGAUGCAGCUUCGCCGAGCCUGUCAGAGUCUCUGGACAGCUCCGUAGACAUUUCUACCGACAGUUUCUUUUUUUUCUCGGAGUCCCUAACUACAAUCGACCUGCAGCAUCUGAACUAUUAACUGAAAUCAAUCACACUAGCUUUCUUCCUUUCUCUCGGGACAAUACAUAUCAGGCUGCGAUGGUAUUAACUCUGAUGUUAUUUGUAUAUUCGGCACAUUUAUUCUGUUGAUAUUUGACUUGACGAUUAAUACAAGGUAAGGAUGAAAUUAAAUCACUGAAAUGGCUCUACUCAAGACGUGACUUGUAAUUACCAUAACAAAUUGAUCUAAUGGAAUGGAAAUUAUGAGUGUAUGUGAAUAAUUAUACAAUAUUAGGCCUAUGGAUCCUGGUCAUUUUAUUUUUGUAUAGCUUCCAAUGUCUUGGAUAUUUU